GCCUGAAUUUUGUCUGAAAACCAAACAUGGCGAGCGCGAAUCCACCAUCGUCUCCACCUCCGCCAUCGUCACCACCACCGCCGUCGUCACCACCUUCCGUGACCGCUUCCCAUUCUGAGUCCUCCCCUGCCGUUCCCUCCGCCCUUGUGCCCCCUCAGACCCAGCCUGACACCGCCGCCAACGAAAAUGGAACGUUCAAUAUCGAUGAACAAAAGCCUCAAAUUGCUGAUUAUUUUGCGAUACUUGAUGAUCCGGAACACAUCGAGAAGUACAAGAAAUACGAGGCAGACUACACUCGUCGGUUGUUGGCAAAAUAUUUCUCAAAGAAGAAUUUCUAUGGAGGCAACAUUUUUGACGAAAAAACAACUAUAGAUAACGAGACCAUAUUAUCGAGCCGGUGGCCUUGCACUAGAUCAUUUGCAGACCCGGUUCAUGCAUUCGAGGACCCCGGCAACGGUGGUUCAGUUUCCGAGCCACAAACUCUAACUAACGUGCCAAAUGGCAAACUUUCACUCAAGAAGAAUUGCUGAUAGUUUCAUACCCUAACAAUCUGCUUUUUUACUUGUCGGAUCCAAAAUGUCCAUGCAGUAUGUGCACACGUGUUUAGAAUCAAUGCUUAAGUAGGUUUUUUGUCUGAUGGAAGGACCUAAUUGAAACAUAUUGAUAGUUUGAAGGUUUGAUUAGAAUGUUUUAAGGUUUAGGGAGCAAUUUAAACUUUGAGCGUAGCUUAAGGAUGCCAGUCAUUCAUAAAAAAUGUUGGCCCAAGACUACAUAACGACAACCACAUUUCCAUAAGCCACACGACUCGAAUCAAAGCGGACC